GCAAAACGUGUCGGAGCCUUUGCAAGAGCAACAUAGCACCACGACCACGUACGUAGUAGUGUCCAUAAGUUGCUCCCCAAGAUCAUCAAUGGCGAAGGCACCUGGUGCUUCGCUCGGCCCCGUCCCUUUUGCGGACGUCGAAGCUGACUCAGGCUUGGUCUCCGGCGUGCCGGAGCAGCUUCCAGAGGAGCACGCCGACGCCGACCUUGUGUCCGCCCUGCCGAGCGCGCCCAUGGCCAUGGGCAUAUCGAACCUCCGUUUCUACGAGGGAUGCUGGCUGCCGGAGUGGUCUGUCCCGGCGGCCGUCGCCCUACAGCGCCGCUUCGAGCCCCGCCGGGACGAUGUCAUCGUUGCCAGCUUCCCCAAGUGCGGCACCACGUGGGUCAACGCGCUGACGUUCGCCACCAUGGCGCGGCGCGCCUACCCCGCCGCCGGCGCCGGGCACCCGCUGCUACGCCUCAACCCGCACCAGUGCAUCCCUUUCCUGGAGGGCCUAUUCGGCAGCCGGCGCGGGGAGGCCAAGCUCGAGGCGCUACCUUCCCCGCGCGUCAUGAACACGCACAUGCCGCUGGCCAUGAUACCGCGAGCCGCCGCGCCCGGCGGGGGCGGGUGCAAGGUCGUGUACGUCUGCAGGGAGCCCAAGGACAUGGUGGUCUCGCGGUGGCACUUCCACCGGCAGCUGCAUCCCGAGCUGGCGUUCGCCGACGUCUUCGAGGCCGUGUGCAGCGGCGCGGUGGCGUACGGACCAGUGUGGGACCACAUGCUCGGCUACUGGAGCGCCAGCACGGCAAGGCCUGACAGCGUGCUCUUCUUGCGGUACGAGGAGCUGCUGCGCGACCCCGCCGAGCACGUCAGGGCGCUGGCGCGGUUCGUGGGGCUGCCUUUCUCCGGCGCCGAGGAGGAUGCCGGCGCCGUCCACGACAUCGUCAAGCUCUGCAGCUUCGGCCACCUCAAGAACCUGGAGGCCAACAAAACGGGCCACGUGAAUCCCAUCCUCCAGAUCCCGCGCGGCGCGCUAUUCAGGAAAGGCGCGGCCGGUGACUGGGUGAAUCACAUGACGCCGGAGAUGGCGCGACGCCUUGACGAGAUCGUCGCCGACAAGCUCCAUGCCUCAGGGCUCACCUUCCAUGAGUGACGACUCGACUGAGAGCAUAUACAUAGAUGAUGCAAAUUUAGAGAUCUAAAACUAGAUCUAUAAUUUACAUCAUUAAAAGGUGCAUUUUACAUCUAAAAACAAGUAACUCUAACGGAUGAUGUAUGUUGAUGAUGUUAAAGUUCAACUUCAAUA